UGGUCGUCGAGGCGAAAGUGUUAAGAUGAGUGUAAUUCUUCCAAUACAUGGUUUGUUGAAGGAAGCGUUGCCUGCAUGCGGGGGGCGCGUGAUCGAAUUGGAAGAAACAGAUCAACCAAAAAAUAUAGCAUCAAUCGAUGAUUAUGAAGAUAGCGUUACAGCUUCUAUAGUAGCUACAAUAUCCCAAGAUCUGACAAUGCCUCCCAAGCCUUCCAUCUUCAGAACCCCUACCAUACUCUCCAGGCAUAAUCCACAAGCUUACAUUCCUGGUGCAUUUUCCUUUGGCCCUCUUCAUCAUAAAAAUCCAAAUAUUUCAUACUUGGAACGAACAGAAAAAAUCAAAGAGAGGUAUCUGAAAAGCCUUAUCUCUAGGUUACACUCUCCUGAGACAAUGCCAAGGGAACUUGUGAGAUCCAUCGCAUCCGUAGAGAGAGAAGCUCGUAAAUGUUAUGCAGGACCAAUCGAUUGCACCCCAGGUGAGUUUGUAAGAAUUUUGAUAACCGAUGGUUGCUUCAUCAUUGAGUUGUUCCGCAAGCAUACUUAUACUGACCUUAGAGACAGAGAUGAUCCAAUUUUUACAAUGGCUUGCAUGCUUCAAUUUCUCUACAAUGACUUGAUGUUGCUGGAAAACCAAGUACCUUGGAUGGUACUUGAGCGUUUGUUUGCCAUGACCAUGGAAUGUGAUAGACCCCAAAAGCAGCUUGUGCAACUCGUAAAAGAUUUUUUUUCUCACUUUUUGUCAUCCAAAAUGCCUCCUCCUGUGGUCUUGAAUGAUCUCUGGAUCGGAGACAUCGAGCAUAUUCUCGAUCUGCUUAGAAAAUGGUUGAUUUUAUCAAUCAAAGAAGAUGAAUACAUAAACAAAUCGGCAUGGCAACCUAUGCCUUCCGCCACGAGCCUAGUCGAGGCUGGCAUCAAAUUUAAAAGGGGCAAGUCCAACAUGAGCAUCCUGAGCAUAAACUUUAACGAUGGUGUCCUUGAGAUCCCUCCCUUACUAAUUCAAGAAACGACAGAAACCGUCUUUCGUAAUCUUAUCGCUUUUGAACAGUGUUACCCCAAAUGUGAAGCUAAGUUCACUUCAUAUGCGGUACUCCUAGACAACCUCAUUAGCACUUCGAAAGAUAUCAACAUACUUUGCAAGAACAACAUUCUUGAUAGCUGGUUGAACCCAGAGGAUGCAGUCCAGUUUUUUCGCAAGCUUUAUCACAAUACUUAUGUCAAGGAAUACCAUUACCUACAUAUUUGCCAGAAAGUGAAUGAAUAUUGCCAACGUCGUUGCCCUAGAUGGCGUGCAGCUUUGGUGAGCAAUUAUUUCUUCACUCCAUGGGCUGGUACUUCGACAGUGGCUGCUGCUGUGCUGUUGCUGCUCACAUUGGUACAAACUGUGUUCACCGUAAUAAAAAAAUAGUCUUGCAGUCAGACUUGUAACUUAAUUGUUAUACAACUCGUCCCUACAAUAAACUUCUUUUCAUUGCUUUGUACAAAAAGGCUAGUGUUUAUUAUUAUUUUUUUCUUUGUUUUUUUUUUUUUUCACAGGCAUGCAAGAGUGUUGCUUGCUGUACGUGCAGUUUGUAUUUUUUUUUUAAUGGAU